AUGAGUUUUGUGGAAAGAACUGUCAGAGAAGCCAUUGAGACAGUCAACCAGAAUAAUGGUCUCAGUCGUAAUCUUACUGCCAACUACAGUGGGUUCGAGACUGAAUUUUACAGACGGAAAGGCUGUUCAAGCAGUAGCUGUGAAGGAGUCCAAAUCCUGAAGUCCUUGACUGAAAAAGGACAAGUCGGUUGUGUCUUGUUGGGACCCACUUGCACUCAUGCAACCUUUAAUAUGGUGGACUGGGAUGUAGGUCUGCAGCUCAGUGUUCCAAUCAUCUCUGCUGGAAGCUUUGGCUUGUCCUGCGACUUCAAGGCCAACCUCACGCGCAUACUGCCCCCAGCCCGCAAGGUCUCCAACUUCUUCUUAAAAUUCUGGACCUUCAACAACAAGAUUAAACCGUCGUGGAACACAACCUACAUCUACAAGAAGAACGAGAACACAGAGGACUGUUUUUGGUACAUCAAUGCCCUGGAGGCCGGGUCAAAGGACUUCACCGCGAGCUUAUCGAAACGCGUCCUGCUUCGAUCAGAGGAUGAACUGAGGAAGCAUUAUAACGACAAAGAGAGGGACAGUAAUCUCUUUAUCCUAUGUGGAACCCCUGCAGAUGUCAUCAAAUUGAAGAAUGAUACUGAUGAUAGCGAUGACAAGGAAACUGUCAUCUUCCUCAUCGACCUUUACACUGACGGGUAUUACAGAAAUAAAUCCUCGUGUAGCGCCAUGCAAAAUGUGUUGGUACUGACCAUGCCCGACACAAGAAACUACACGAUUGGAAUCAAUGCUAAGAACGAAACGGAAAAUGAUUACACAGCAGCCUACCACGACGCUGUGCUUUUGGUGGGAGAUGCAAUGCAGCAGAUGUUGCACAAAAAUGUCAGUGACCAGAAUAGCACAGAAGAGGUCAAUGUUGAAUACUUCAGAAACGCGACUUUCCGAGGUAAAGCUGGAAUGUACCAUCUGGAUGAGUAUGGCGACCGUGAUGUGGACUUUUCCGUGAUUUACACCACUCUGGGCAAUCAGUAUAAAGUCCUCUUUGAAUUCAACACCACUACCAACACAUCAACACAAAUGGACCCAUCACCAUCUUUCAUCUGGCCUGGCAAACUUCCUGCAGACAGCCCUCCAGAUGCUAGCUCAGGUCUGAGGGAUCAUGACAUCAUUGUCAUCGCCCUGGGCACCACAGUGGUGGGUGUCAUGGCAUCCGUGGCCUUCAUCUUCUACUGGCAGAACAGGGCAUAUCGUCGCAUCCAGAAGAAGUGGUCCCACAUUCCCCAUGACAUGGUCACUCCAGUGGAGAGCAAUAUUCGGAACAUCCUGAUGAUUGAAGACAACUCUCGCAAAGAGAAGAGCUUUCGGAUCCGCCGUGCACGCUACGACAAGAAGGUGGUGAUCCUGAAGCAGCUGGUCCACUCAGAGGGCUACUUCACGGAGAGCCAGCGCAUUGAGCUGAACGCUCUUUUACAUAUAGAUUACUACAACCUGACCAAGUUCUAUGGCACCGUGAAAUUUGACCAGGACGUGUUUGGUGUGUUUGAGUACGGAGAGAGGGGAUCAUUAAGGUAUGUGCUCAAUGACAAGAUCUCCUAUCCAGAGGAUACCUUCAUGGAUCGGGAAUUUAAGAUUUCUGUCAUGUAUGAUAUUGCCAAGGGCAUGUCUUACCUCCAUUCCAGUAAUAUUGAGGUUCAUGGACGUCUGAAGUCCACAAAUUGUGUGGUGGAUAACCGGAUGGUGGUCAAGAUCACAGACUUUGGUUUCAGAACCAUCCUCAGUCCUGGACGAGACCUCUGGACGGCGCCAGAACACUUGCGUGUGCAGGGAGUGUCCCAGAAAGGAGACGUCUACAGCUUCGCCAUCAUAGCCCAGGAGAUCAUGCUGAGGAGGAGCACCUUCUACACGCAGGCCUGCUCAGACAGGGCUGAAAAGUUGGCCAGAGUGCAGUACCCUAGUGUGUACUCUUACUUCAGACCAGACCUGCACUUUGACACUGCUGGAGAAAGAGAACUAGAGGUGUGCAAGUUGAUCAGAAGCUGCUGGGACGAGGACCCGGAAAAGAGACCCGACUUCAAGAAGAUUGAAAUGACACUGGGCAAGAUCGUCAGCCUGCACAACCAGGCCAAUGAGAGUUACAUGGGUAACCUGAUCCGCCGGCUGCAGAUGUACUCGCGUAACCUGGAGUACCUGGUGGAGGAGAGGACGGCCCUCUACAAGGCCGAGAGGGACAGAGCAGAUGACCUCAACUUCAGACUGCUGCCCGGCCCAGUGGUGCGUUCCCUGAAGGAGACGGGCAGCGUGGAGUCGGAGCUCUUUGAGGAGGUCUCCAUCUACUUCAGCGACAUCGUGGGCUUCACCACCCUGUGCCACUACAGCACGCCCAUGGAGGUGGUGGACAUGCUCAACGAUAUCUACAAGAACUUCGACAGCAUCCUGGACAACCACGACGUCUACAAGGUGGAGACGAUUGGAGAUGCCUACAUGGUGGCUUCAGGGCUUCCUAAUCGGAAUGGAAACAGACACGCCACAGACAUCUGCCGCAUGGCGCUGGACAUCCUGGCAUUCAUGGGCACGUUUGAACUGCGCCAUCUGCCUGGCAUUCCUCUCUGGAUCCGAAUUGGGGUGCACUCAGGUCCUUGUGCGGCUGGUGUAGUUGGCAUUAAGAUGCCGAGGUAUUGCGUGUUCGGCGACACCGUAAACACUGCCUCCAGGAUGGAGUCCACAGGAUUGCCUCUCCGCAUCCAUGUCAACGAGUCAACCAUCAACAUUCUGGAGCGCACAGACAGCGCCUUCGAGUAUGAGAAAAGAGGAGAGACAUACCUCAAGGGGAAGGGCAAAGAGAUGACAUACUGGUUGACUGGAGUUAAAGGACAGGACUACAAUUUGCCAACACCCCCAACAGCGGAGAACUUCCAGCGUCUGCAGCAGGACCUGGCCGAGAUGAUCAGGACGUGCCAGGCCAAGCGUCUCCCGACCCCGGAGGCGAGGAAGACCCUGUCCACACGCCAACGCAGGGUGGACCUGGAGGACGAGCAGCCCGAGUACCUGCACCUGGCCUCAGUGGACAACUACAGCACCUUCCUGUAGAGCUGCCUGCCCCUGAUCUCAACAGGUAGAUGGAUGGACAGAUCGAGGGAAUACACGGAAGUAUGGACGGACUAAUCUACAGAACGGACGAACGUCGUUGGAAAGGACUGACGUGGCAGGAAUGUCUUUCAUUUGCACUCGCGCUAGGACACAGCUGACUCCGGUGAUUUUAGUGGCUGAUUGUUGUAUUGACCUGAUUGAUUAGCUGCAUCAGGUAUGCCUGAGGAGGACGAGGACCUACUAAGAAGUGUAUUCACUCGGAGUGGCCUACGGUGGGCUAGCCUGCCGCCGCCUGACUACGUACUUGCGCUCAAUUUCAUUUCUCCUCAUACUACGUCUGGCAUAGCUUCAUCCAGCUUUGUUUACGGCAAGUGCAUCUUCGCCCAAUCAGUGAACAGAGGGCGUUCCCAAGAGCGAUUACAUUUAAGUUUCAAGCCAAUUGUUAUCGUUGUGUCCCCCGUGCGGAGGUUUGGUAUGUCAUUACCAAACGUUUGUGAUUGAACUCCAAUGCAUUCAAACUUCGGACAAGCGUCCACAAACCAGGAAAUAAACGUUUGCCCAUGGAUCUAGGCCAGACUCUCUGCGAAGAAGAGAGUCUGGUCUCCAGGCAAACGGUAGGCAACCAUGCGGUGGAAUGUUGAUGAAUCACCAAUCUGAAUCUUACGAAUAGAGUUGGUAUUGUAUUUCAUCCAUUUAUCAUGGCACCAAGGACCACUACUAGCUGGAGGACCUCUCUAGAGGUAAGGAGUACAGGACCAUUCAUGGGUGGUAGUGCUCAAGAGGGUGUAUUUUCUCCAGUCAGAAGAAUUCUGAAUUAUAUUAGUGGUCAGAUUAGUGACAGGUAGAGCUAGCAGUAGUUAACUUCAGGUGCAGCACAGGAAUGAAUGAAUGAAUGAGGUAAGAAUAAUGAGUGAAGAUUUGAUGAGUCUGAUCUGAGACUUUUCAUUAUCUGACUCAUACUGUGAGUAGAGAUUAAAUAAUAUUUGAGGAUUUACUAUUAUGUUAUUACUGUACACAAUGGAUAAAACUUGGGAGUCCAUUUGAGAGUGAUG